CUGAGCUUUGUAUUUAAUCUGAGCAAGAAGGAAAAUGCAUCAUUAUCUUCCGCAAUCUUUUUUUUUUGACAGUGGAGCGACAUUAUGGUGAGUCUUAAGAGGGAUUGGCCGCACACUUUUUUUGUUCAUUGUGCUCGAGCGACUUUUAUUCCUGUUUCUUUUUCUUGAAGUAGACAAGAAAAAAAACGCAAACCCGAACUCAAGAACGAGCGACCGCCCGACCUGAAGACACAACAAGAUGGAUGUGGAUCAGGAUCACGGCAUAGAUCCUGAUCCACAGAAUGACGAUCUUCCCGUAAAUCCGCCAACAGAAGGGCCACAUCAACAUCAACCCCAGGAACUACAUCAUAAACUCGAGCCGGAAAGCGAGCCGGAACUGGAGUUCUUAUGAACUGCAAAAGUAUCGUACUCGUAGUAUUGCAAUACAAAUUCGCUCAGCAUGACAAAUGGAAUUUCUUAUGCUGAUUUGCCUUAACAACAAGACUUGUAAUGCAUGUUGAUUACACUUAUACGAGUGCGAUACUUUUGCACAGGAUAGUUUUCCAAAGCGGACGAAAUCGCAUUAGCUGUGACGAAGAAAUUUGCGCAGUCCAAGGAGCAUGGCAAGCCGCAGAAGGAGAACAAGGAGUGGACGGUUUUGGCUGGGAUCGUUCUCGAGGAGAUCGAGUGUGGGAAUUUCACCAAUUCGCAGACGACCUUCAACAAAACGAAGUUGAGUUGUAUCGUCUUCGCGACGGGGACUCGGUGCUUGAGUCCGAGUUUGCUGGUGCUCCCGCCUUUGGUGGAAGAAAAAGCGGGUGAGGAGGAACAACUAGAAGGAGCGCAACGAGAUGAAGCUGCUCCGGCGGCCGCGCCGGAAGUUGCUCAGAACAAGCGGGGCCGUGGGAAAAAGAACAAGAAGUCUGCUCUUGCUAGCACAAUUUCGACGACAGCAUCAUCUUCCUCUUUCUCUUCAUCAUCGUCUUCCCACUGCUCCGCGCUAGAAAUUUUAUCCCCCGUCAACAAAAAACGUUCGAAAAAACGAAAAAAACUUCGUUUCGGCCCCACCUUCCACCAACUGCAAUCCGAGCAGAACAUGAGUAAAUUACACCGAAGACUUACUAAGACGACCAACAGGCUGCCGAAUAAUUGGUCGAUUCCAGAUAGACCGAUGAAAAAACCGGCGGUCGUGAAAGGGAGGAAACAGGACGAGAAUGUCAUAAAUAGUCCGUUCCGGGAUUUGGUGUUAAGGGAUUGCCACGCGGAAGUGUUGGCGCAAAGGGGGUUCAAACUCUGGCUACUGCGGAAUCCGGAGAAGGCAAAGUGGUAUUUUGAAGGAAAGGCGAGGUUUCAUUUUUACACCAGCUGCGUUCCCUGCGGGGAGGCGGCGAACGUGGAGAUGGGAGGUGGCAAUCGUGGCCAUGGGACUACAGACAGCUCACCAGACGAACUGCUGCACAAGAGCGGAACUGCAGCCACACAAGAACCUUCUACCAGCGCAAGCUCGUCGUUUACUUCUUCAUCCUCCUCUUCAUUCUUGGCGUCUUCACAAUUAUCCCAAGCCGCUGCUAGUGAACAACAAACCCAAGAAAAACCCCAGCACUACACCUACCCCCUCAAAACCGGCGCGAAACCCGUGGAACUCCAGCAAAAAGAAAACAACGAAAACGCGAGACUGGGUAAAGCCACUACAUUGCACACCAAGCCGAUCGAUUCUCGCUCCGACCCUAGCAAACGAUCCAAGUGCAUGUCGUGUGCUGACAAAAUUUGCCGGUGGAACGCCUGUGGCUGGGACGGGGGCGUAUUAGCCGCUCCUUUGUACGGGUUCGAACUAAUGAAUAAAAAAGAUGAUCAACAUGGUCUAUCCACCGCCGCUCCUGAAUCGUCAUCAGCUACAUCCGAAGCCGCAGCGGCCUGUGGGAUUCGCAUGUCCUCGAUUGUCAUCGGGGGCGCGACCUCGUUUGACGAUUUUUAUUCGGCUGCAAGACAGCUGGAUGAUUUCUCAAAAAAGAAGUACGAGCAGAAGUUGUGGGACGUGCUUUGUGGGCGGGUGUUGCAGAUGCGGCACGAGGAGCAGUGUGAUGGAGAAGACGCAGGAACUACAGCAGCUUCGUCAUCAUCUCGUGGUGCUGGUGGAAGUACAACUGGAAGUGGAACUGCGCCGGCGCAUGACGUUCAAGUCGGUGUUGCUGACGUCGUGGGCAAUACCAACACAGGAAGCAAAGUGGACGAGCACGAUGAUGGUUAUGGUUUCGAACCAAUCCCGCUCUUGUCCGAGUUGGAUGACGAUAACAGUACCCAGGAGGAGGUGGAAGCCGAAACUGCGAAGCGAAGGAAAGUCACUGAAAAUAAAUCUUCUGAUGGUGAAACAUCUUCGCAAGGUCAACAAGGUGCUGGUGCUGGUAGAAGUAGUGCAGUAUCAUCUACAACAGCCGCUUCCACGUCCGGCGCCGCGGUGCAGCAGCAAGGUUAUGGAAGCGUCAGGAUUGAAAUCGUCAAAGUUGAAAUAAUUUGCAAUGCAUAAAAUGCAUUACGCGAGGUGCGUGUAUUGCAGAGCAGGCAAGUGAGGCCGAUUGUAAGCCUGUUUGGGGUUAGAGCUCGAGGUGCUAGAGGAGCAUCAGAAAAUCAGUCUUCUUUGCCUAAACAGCAUGACAAACUGGGUUUAGGGGCCGCCAAAACUUGUCAUGCGCCACUUGGAAACUGGGUUCCAACUGGCGUCCGUUUUAUGCAUGACAAAUCGUUUCAACUUUGUCGAUUUCAACUCUGACACAUCCAUAAAGGUCAAUCUUCGGAUAAUGAAACGUCGCAAGGUCAACUACUAGGUGCUGGUGCUGGUUGUAGAAGUUAUCGCGCCAAAAAAAAUGAUCAUACUCAUACUUUCGCCAUUUUUGGCCAAAAUCCAGUCAAUCGGAAUCGAGGCAAAAAAGUCCACUUUUUUGCGUAUGACCACUUUUUUUAGCCAGGACGCUAUGGCGAUCCUGGUGCUUUUUCAGAAUCAGCCUUGUCCGCCCGUGAUUUGCAUUCUUUUAAAUGUGGCGCUUUUCUGCGUUUUGGAAGAAUAGCGCCGCGCUAAAAAAAGUGGUCAUACGACUUUUUGUCGCGUUUUCUUCUAGAAAAGUUGAAAAAAGUAUGAGCGCCCCAAUUUUAGGGCGCCGGAAAAUGGUAUGAUCACUUUUUUCAAACACGGCGGUAUGGGCCACAUGUGGCCCACGCCAGGAAAAAAGUGAUCAUACCCAAAGUCGCCGCAUUUUCAGUCUUUCUUGCAGAAUCUGUGAAGAAAAGUGCUACUUUUCAGGUCAAAAACGGCAAAAGUAUGAGUAUGAUCAUUUUUUUCAGCGCGAUAGAAGUGCAGUAUCAUCUACAACAGCCGCUUCCACGUCUGGCGCCGCGGUGCAGCAGCAAGGUCAAUCUUCGGAUAAUGAAACGUCGCAAGGUCAACUACUAGGUGCUGGUGCUGGUUGUAGAAGUGCAGCAUCUUCUAUAGCGGCAAAAUUGGUAUUCGUAUUCAAAAAUCGCAAAAAUUUUUCCCCCCGCCCAGCUCACUAGUGCAGGCGCCCCCGCCUGCGGUGCCUGUUCUUCCGCCUCCGAUUUAAAGCCCUCGACGGCCGCUCUCCGCAUCCCGGUGUUUGAGGAAGCUGCCAAGUGGUUUUUGACCGAUAGCGCAAUGACUGGCCCGAUCUUGUGGCGGCGCUGGGUAGCCGAAAACGGCUCGCGCCUGGCUUGGGGCUUUUUGACGGGCUGCAGCUGCCUCGCGGCUUGUCCGUGUCAGCUGCUCUCGGCGUGGCUACACCGACGGCAGAUGGGUCCUGCACCCCCGGAAAAUUUAGUGCCCACGAAUCCAGCGCACCAUAAGGGGCAUUACCUGGCCCCUAGAUUCUCGGGGCGCCCUACGGGCACCACGCCCAUCACUCAGCUGCGCUGUGGAGGCGAAGUGGCGUAGAAAUGCGCUGCGGCCUCCGCCUACGAAAGUGCCUUUUUGCAUUCUUGGCCAGGAAGCAACAUCUGUGGCCGCGGCCAAGCGUUCAGAGAAAGCGGAGCAUUUGCAGCAGCCGGUCUCGCGGACCGGCAAACUUGAUGACUCGGGGAAAGGAUUUUUGCCCUUCCGGAUGCCGAGCAAAAAACGCCGGUUUUUUCUGAAUACCAAAGUCAAACACGGUCUGAAAUUGGUAUUCGCUGGAAAUUCUGACUUUGGUAUUCAGCGACAUUUGACCCCCCUCUCUUGGGGGCAACCUUGGGCAGCUGAAUACCAAAGUUGCGCGGAAGAAAAUCCGUCCGAGGUCUCCGUUUCCUGUGAACGCUUGGAAGCGGCCACAGAUAAUUGCUUCCGGGCCGAAAAUGCAAAGAGGCACUUUCGUAGGCGAAGGCCUCAGGGCCUGUCUACGCCAGCUCUUCUCCGCGGCGCAGCCGAUGGGGGUGGUGCAGGUAGGGCGGCCCGGGAAUCUGGGAGCCAGGUAAUUCCCCAUAGGGCGCGCUGGGUCCGUCGGCACUAAAUUUUCGAGAGGUGCGCGACGCAUGUGCCGGCGGUGCAGCUACGCCAAGAGCAGUUGACACGGAGAAGCCACGAGGCACCUGCCACCCGACAAAAAGCCUUAAGCCAGGCGCGUACCAUUUUCGGCUAUCCAGCGCCGCCACGAGCUCGGGCUAGUGCUUGCGCUAUCGAUCGCCACCCCGCGGCGGCUUCCUCAAACACUGAGCGGCACAGCGCGUCGCUCGAGCUCGUUAAGUUGGAGGCGGCAGAAAAGGCACCGCAGGCGGAGGCGUCUGCACUAGUGAACUGGGCGGGGGAAAAAUUUUUUGCUAUUUUCGAAUACGAAUACCAAUUUUGCCGUUAUAUCUUCUACAACAUCCGCUUCCACGUCCGGCGCCGCGGUGCAGCAGCAACAGCAGGUGGAUGACUCGCAGGAGCAGCAGCAAGAGCAAAAUGAUGUUCGACGAGAGCGUGGUCGCGAGAAUAAAUUUCAAGUACCUCUACAGCACGUGAGCGGCCGCACGAGCGGAGUCCUAGCGGAAUCCCUCCCCGCAGUUGUUCUCACGAAUGUCGACUUCGAAUUUUCACAGCGAAACGCGAAUCUCACCGUCCACAACCACUGCCCAGAGGUGGUGAACGAAGGAGUUCUUCUUGUUGGUGGUGCAGAUACUGGGGGCGAAAUGAAGACUGCAGCGGGGGCAGCAUCCUCUUCAUCCUCAUCUUCACAAGCGAAAAGGAACAAGGUAAAGCGGCCUGUUACCACUGGAUACAGCAAGAUCUUCGUUGAGGGAGGCGGAUUACUGCCACGGGAAGUUGUGAAAGAUGUUGAAGGGGGUCCUGGUACUCAAGAUGCAGCUCAUGUUGGUGAACAACAGCCCGGCUCUCUUCCCGAAGAUGCGGCUGCUGCUGAUCCUGCUGCUGCCGGUGGUUCAGUACUACAGCAACCUUCAUCUUCUUCCUCUUCAUCUUCAACUUCAUCUCCUACCCUCGACAACACCAGGAUGACAUCUUCUACUUCAGGCUCAACAACCAACUCACCAGAGAACAACCCGACGCAGCAGGAGGAAGUGGUCCCUCCCGCCCCAACUAGUUCGUCCAGCGGACAAGCUGAAGUUGUAGCUGCUUCUGCCGACCACGUCCCUUCUAUGAUCCAGCAAGCAACUACAAACAAGAAUACCAUCAAAGUGAAGCCGAAGCGUAUGCAUUGCAAAACAAGUAUCGUGCUCCUACUCGUAUAAAUGCAUUACAAAUUCCCUCAGCGUGAGCAAUAAAAUUUGUCAUGCGGAUUUACCUUGGGAAAAAAAUUUGUAAUGCAUGACUGCAAUUACUACGAGCGCGAUACUUUUGCACAGGAUAAAGCGACCAGAUCUCCACGAGGUCAUUCUCGGCGACUACGGUCUGAAGCAAAAUGGCAGGAAAUACCUCCCUAUGCAUUGCAAAAGUGUCUGGGCCUGGAAACCUGUGAUGCUGGGUGGCGCAUCAUGGGGAGGCCACAAGUGCUGGCUCAGCAUAACAAGUUUUUGAGCUUCUAGAGGUGUUGCCUACAACUCUGCAUGACAGUCUGCGUUUCUGCAUGAUAGAAAAGUGGCGCUCUUGGGUAACGUGCGGGACAGAUUUAACACUCAUUCCAGACAAGCAUGACAUACAUGCACUCUUCCAGACCCAGACACUUUUACAUUUGAUACUCCCUGGCUUCGGCUCCGGCGACCGGGAGACCAGGGAAAGGAUCAACGCGUCCCUCACGAGGGAGGUGAUUGCGCUCCGAAAAUUCGGUGGAAUACCCAUAACGAGCGAGCAGUACCUACACGGUAGUGAGUACGAAGCGGGUGUGCAACAUUUUGUAGAAUACGACCCGAACAUUAUCACCGAAACCGAGCUGUAUUGGACCGACUACGUGUUGCAAAAGUGCUACGGAAAAUUUACGAGUUUGUUGUGCACAAUGAGUCUGAAGGAGAUAGAGAAGGACGUGCUGAAACAGGCAAGGAAGGCGAAGAGGAAAAUUAGAAAAGACUACACAGCUGCGAUGAUGAGCAGCUCUAGCUCUACUUAUGCAGCAACAUCAGCGGAGGUUUUUCAGCACGGAGGGAAGACUUUAUUUGAGGUUCCUGCUGGCGCUGUUGUGGGAAGUUUUGUUGAUAGCACGACUUCCGGCCUGUACGGGAUCAGAAGUACGUACGCAACGACGAAUCUCCACGACCCUACGUCUACUUCGGCUUUGUUGUCUUGUUCCAAAUCUGGUGGAGAAGAUGCGGUUGAAAAAGAAUUUCGCAAAGCAGCGUGCGGCCGGUGUGGCUAUAAGGAAAGAAAGAUGGCUUUUCACUGCACCCCUCCGUGGGAGGGGUGGAUCCGGAAAAGUAGGAAGGAAUAAGGAAGAUGAGCAGAAAGCUUCAGCAUUCAUCCUUUGCUCAAAAUCAUAAUCGUGCGACAGCUUCUACUUAUAGUUUUUUUUUUGAACAAAAUCAAACCCACACGGUAGUAGAACAAGCGACACUGAAAUGGCG